AUGGCAACGUUGAGCUAUCAGAGACACUAUCCGCAUCUAUUUACUCAGUCACCUAAUAAGACUCACCGAGUAAUAAACACAACCGCCCAUCUUACGUAUCAAGGUCAGAAGAAUGAAUUGAAACGAUACAUUCUUGGUACAAAAUCCGCUCAUGACAUUAGCAUUAAUAAAGUUCAUAAAAAUUUCGAAGUACUAUCUGAAGAUUUAUCAGAAAAAAAAGAUACUAUAAACAAAUCUCGGAAUGAAAUUAAAUGUGCUGAAGAAAUAUUAGAUUUCAUAGAAUCCAAAAAAAUAACGUCCGUAGCUUGUUACAAAAAUUUGCUAGGCGAUUUAAAAAAAGAUUUACUGAAAAUUGAAAGCGAGGUAAAAGAAUUGCAAAAUGAAAUAAAAGAAUUGUCGAAACGACGCGAUGAUUUAAAACAUGAUAUUUUACAACAGCAAGAGAAACCCUACAUUUGUACCAAAGAACUGGACUUCAAUGUGAUAUCAAAUCAAAACAGUUUUGAUGAUUAUAAAUUAAAAAUAAAUUAAAAAUACUAAUUAAUCAAAAAUUAAAAGUUUUU